UCUAAUUUUUCAGCUGUUACUACAAGCCGUCGGUGUUGUGCACAUUCUCCUCAGAUCACCCCAACAAGAUCCCAAAAAUCCAAAUGCAACCCAAGAAAAACACCCCCUUUUCCUUUCACAUUGUCCUUUUCAACAAAUUUCUGCAUUUGGGUUUCUGAAAUUAACCCUUCAAAUCCCAGUUUUUGUUCUCAAUUUUAAAGGUUCUAAAUUGGGUUAGAGGAUAAAACAAAGGAAAAAAAAGAGCUAUGCAUUCUAUAAAAGAUACAGUUUCUGAGAAACUUUCAAGUCUAUUUUCAGCUUCCCCUUCUAAAUCUGUUGAUCAACAAACUCAGGCCAGGCCGUAUACUAAGGAAGGAAAAUCUGUAACAUCUAUCCUUUCUUUCCUUCUCCCAUCGACAUAUUCUGAGAAUAUAAGAUAUCGAGAUGAUGUCAAACCACUUCAAUCACAUUCUUUUACAUGGAGAAGUAAAAGUUUCUCGUGGCGCGAUAAACCUCUGGAUGAUUUUGAGGAUCACGAUGAUUACAAAGAGAUACCAGACGUUUAUCCAGAAGAAAGUGAAAAUGGCUGCAACAGGACUUCACUUUGUGUAAAGAAGGGAACAGUAAAUACAGACAGGGAUAAUGGAGAGCCUAAUUCCGCAAGUAGCAUUGCGAGUGGUUCUGAAACUUUUGAAGAUGCUCCGGAUAGACACAGUUUUGAGCAGUCCAUGGCAUAUCUAACCACUGAUUCUGUUUUCAUCACUCCAGAUUUAUAUGAUUUUUUCCAGUCUUCCCUUCCUAAUAUAGCGAAAGGUUGUCAAUGGGUCUUGUUAUAUAGCACGGCCAGACAUGGUAUAUCACUUCGUACUCUUAUUCGGAAGAGUGCCGAUCUUUCUGGUCCUUGCUUGCUGAUUACUGGUGAUAAGCAGGGUGCUGUAUUUGGUGGGUUGCUUGAGGCACCAUUGAGGCCUACUGCAAAGAGGAAGUACCAAGGAACAAAUCAAACAUUUGUAUUCACAACUCUAUAUGGUGAACCAAGGUUAUUUAGACCAACAGGUGCCAAUAGAUAUUUUUACUUGUGUUUGAAUGACGUCCUCGCACUUGGAGGAGGUGGAAAUUUUGCUUUAAGCUUGGAUGGUGAUUUGUUAUUUGGCAGUAGUGGACCUUGUGAAACAUUUGGGAACUCAUUCUUGGCACAUGAUCAAGAGUUUGAACUGAGGAAUGUUGAGCUAUGGGGUUUUACACACGCAUCCCGUUACCUCACCACAUCCGAAGCAUGAAUUUAUUUCAUAGCUAUAUCUUGGGAGUACAGUUAUUUAUUCUUUCAUGUCCAUGAAGCAGUUCUCUCUUAUAAUCCUGGAGGCUUCCUGUUGUACAUGGGCUUGUUGUAGCCUAGUGUGAUUUUAGCAAUUGUGGGUUGAUAUGCAUAUAGGUAAUUCUUUAUCCUUCUAUAUUUA